GCGGCGGCGGUGACGGCGGCGGAGUGCGCCGCGGUGUGCUGCUGCUUCCCGUGCGCCGUGGUGGAGCUCGCCGUGCUCGCGGCGGUGCGCGUGCCCGCGGCGCUCUGCCGCCGCGCCAUCCGCGCCCGGAGGCGGCGGCGGCGCGCGGCCCGCGCCGCGCAGGCCAGGAGGAAGGAGAUGGACGACCUCGUCGCCGCGGACGCCACGGACAGGAACGGCGUCGCCAUGGACUUGUGCUACUGGGCGCCCAAGCACGACGACCUCGCCGAGGUCGAGAAGGAGGUCUGGGCCAGCUUCCAGGGCGCCGGCUUCUGGCGGAGCCCGUCGCAGCGCGAGGAGAGGAGGUGACCGCCGCCGCCAUGUUUCCCGGCAACCCAUCCGGUUUCUUGCACUCGAUGAUCCGUCACAUCGAUCGCGAUCACCCAACCUUACAUGCCCCGCCCAGUCCCCCUAGGAAAAAGAUUAACCCCAGCGACGACCACUGCUAUUACCAGAUUUCUUGCUCUUGUUUUCUUUUUCCGAAUUUUUGUUCCAUGGGAGGAGAAAGAAACCGUGCAUGCUUAGGGAAGGGAGGCAAAAAUU